CUGUAAAGAUGGGGUCUUGCUAUGUUGUCCAGGAUGGUCUCAAACUCCUGGGCUCAAGCGAUCCUCCUGCUUUGGCCUCCCAACGUGCUGGCGAUAUAGGUAUGAGCCAGGCCACAUUGCUGAACUUGGAAAGUGGAGCAAAGAAUCAUACAAAAAAUUAAGAAAACCAAAACGAAACCAAGGCGAACUCAAUUGCUUUUUUUUUUUUUCAGCGCUACACUUUGUAAGGCACGAACCUCUCUCUUAGGCGGACCUAUUCCAGGGCGCCCUUUAUUUUCAUUUCUUGAAACAACAGCCUCGCAGGCCAAGCCGCGGUUCCCGAGAACUCGGCUGCCACCCGGAGCAGGUUGCAUGGACCCAGGAGCGCGAGCGGCCCUGCUCUGCCAGCUUCGGCCAAUCAGAGGCCAGGCAGCGGUGGGCGUGGCGUGGGGCGGUGCGCGGGGCGGGCGGUGGCUGGGGCGCGUGCUCUGGCUUGGUCGCUGGGUCUGCGUCUUCCCGGGCCAGUGCGCUGAGGCCUCCGUGUCGCCGCUGCCGCCUGCGCCUAGCCUGCCGCUGCCGCCCGCGCCUAGCCUGCCGCGGCACGCCCGGCUGCACGCUUUGCUUGGCCUCGCCAUGCCGGUGGACCUCAGCAAGUGGUCCGGGCCCUUGAGCCUGCAAGAAGUGGAAGAACAGCCGCAGCACCCGCUGCAUGUCACCUACGCCGGGGCGGCGUUGGACGAGCUGGGCAAAGUGCUGACGCCCACUCAGGUUAAGAAUAGACCCACCAGCAUUUCGUGGGAUGGUCUUGAUUCAGGGAAGCUCUACACCUUGGUCCUGACAGACCCGGAUGCUCCCAGCAGGAAGGAUCCCAAAUACAGGGAAUGGCAUCAUUUCCUGGUGGUCAACAUGAAGGGCAAUGACAUCAGCAGUGGCACAGUCCUCUCCGAUUAUGUGGGCUCAGGGCCUCCCAAGGGCACAGGUUAGUAAAGGUGGUUUUUG